AUGGAACCGGACUUAUCAACAGAAAUACAAAUCUUCCAAGAAAAGUUGAUGGGAAAGGUUUGAAGUUUCUCCGACUUUAUCGAAAAAUGAAUUCAGAAAUGGAAGUCACAAAUAGCAUGCAUUUACUCUGGCAGUAGGCUAGGGAAACCGCGUAUUGAACUGUAUCUUACUGAGGCUAAAAUGAAGGCUUUGGAAGUUCUCCGAACGAUUAUGCUCGAGGACUGUGUAUCCAUAAAGCCAGGAAAGAUGGAGAGUGAGUUCUCGUUUUAAUAUAUCUCUUUUAAAUCAUUUUUCGGUUUCAGAUGGGGUCCCUCACGCCAGGUUGCAGUUUAAAGAUGGGUCAUCUUUCCAGUUUUCUCAUGAAAACCUCCCCAAGGUUGUGGAGCUUUUGAGCUCCAUCUGCUUCCCAAAAAAAGUAGGCAAACAUUUUUUUAACAUAUAUGAAAAUCAUAUUUUUUUAGUAUGUGGCAAUCGUGCCGAGCACAUCUUUUGGACAGUCCUUCAGACGAUAUUGAAAUCCUUGAUUUUCGUGAGCAUUUUUUUUUUGAUUUUAAAAACCAUUCAAAUAUUGGGAGAAGACUUGAUUUUUACAAACCAGUCUAUUCACAAGAGCCAGAUCAUUAUCUGAAAAAUAUUCGUUUGAAAUUUCCUAUAGGGUGUCUUCAAAACUUUUUUUUAUUGUGUCAAAUUUCUGUGACUGGAUUUUUUGAGGAAUAAAAUUGAGAUUACAAUGAAGAAAAAAUAAUACUUUUGUAUGAUAUUUUAUGAAAAUAAAGUGAGAUCACUAUUCAAAAAUCUUUUCCAGACUUUUUGAAAUCUUGACUAAAUGAGUUCUCUGUUUCAGCCGAAGAGUACCCCCUGCUCAAACUCAAAACAGUCAAUUCUCGCGAGGCGACGGAAGGCGUGUAUUCACUGCAGUUCGGCGAGGGUUUGCUCGUCAAAGGUCAAACCAGCAACCAGUGCAUCCCGUACACAUCCCUCACGUGGUUUGUCUUUUUUUCGAAGAUACCCUUUUUCUCUUUUCUCAGGGUUGCAACUGGCGAGCACUGUAUUGGAUUCGAAGCUGAUCGUUAUGGAAUCAUGGAGUUCGCCACGGGAGAUCCAUUGCAAAUCAUCGAGCAUUUCAGGUUAUUUCACAAAGAAAAUACUUCGAAAUUAUCAAUUUUGGCAUAAAAAAAAGCAAAAAUGUUCUCGAUCUCAUUCAGGGUCAAGUAUUUCGGCAUUCUAGUCGAUUUUUCUAGACUUCAAGCAAACUGAUAUCAAAUAUCAAAGCUUUUACACCGCGUCAGACUUUGAAACAGUUUACGCUUUUUCUCCUGCAAGUGUGGAUCUAGAUCUCGACAUAAAAAAACUUUCAGCUUUUUUUCUCCUCGAGACCAGAAAUUCAUCAAGUCGAGGCCAAUUAAAAAAGACCUAAACAUGAAAAAUUUCUAAAACUUUCUGUGAAUUAAAAUAUUUUUUUUUUGCAGAAGCUACUUGAAGUUCAGCUGCAACUUUACACCUCCAAGAACCAAGACAAUCUGCCGAUUCAACCGUUACUAUCAUCCAGUUCGUCAGGCCGGAAGCACAAGCGCGAGUCCAAUCAUCAGGUUUUUUUUUGUAAAAAUUUCAGCUUUUUUUAUCAAAUUUUGCAGCAACAACUCAACGAUGGAGAGCACUGGUUCAAAUCUGAUCGACUCAGACGAAUACGGAGCUCUGAGCUUGUCCCACACCAGUGUACAGGCAGAACAAACCUACAUCGGGAGGGUCGUCGAAGAAGAACUGAGAAAAUCCACAGAAAACGUUCAAAAGAAAGAAAGUCCCACUAACCGGAAAUCUUUUCUGCGAGGGUUAGCCGCUAAGAUUUUUCUGUAUUUCUUUUCAAAAUUGUUUUUCUAGAACAAAAAAGGAGAACAAAAGAGGAGAUUUGGAAGCAAGCUCUGAUUUUGACUUUGUUCGGUAUGAUUUCCUUUGAAUUCUCUAUAAGUUUAUGUUUUUAGAGUUAUAAACAUGACUGAGAAGUCGGAGAAACUGAUGUCACCACCUUCGCAGAACAAGUCGAUGGCUUCCCUUCUACAGCAGGAGUUGAAAAGAUCUCUGGAGGAGCGUCAGGUAAUUCAAAGAAAUAAACGAACUUUUCAAUAACUUUUCAACUCUCAGAUCUCGACUUUCAAACCGCCUCCACAUGUUCCACGUCAAACCGAUCUUUGA